ACGAUUCGAAAGUCGCAAUAUCGAAAACGAGCUGAAAACACGGAAGGCUCCGUGCUUCCAAUAGCAUAGUAACCUCACUAUAUAUAUAUAUAUAUAUAUAUCCUCCGAACGAUCGCCUAAUGUUUUUUAUUGAUCUCUCCUUUUAUUUAAUCUAUGUACUUUAAUGGCAAAAAAGGGUCAGAACUGAAGCUUUUUUGGAAAUUAAGUUUGAAGAGCAGCAGUGCAACAAACGCAAAAGAAAACAUUAACAGGAACUAAAAAGUUUAGGACGAAAGUGAAUUUAGCGAAAAGUUAAGGGACUAAAGUGCAAAUUUACCCGUCCAGUGCGCCGCUUCUUCGAGAAAAGUUAAAUAAACGUGAGGCAAAACCCUCGCUUCAAAACCCCGACCCUUACUUUUCGUCUGCCUCUCGCUCUCUCUCGCGCAUUUCUCCGAACACCCUUCGUCCCGGCCUCUCGUCCCAACUCCGUAGCCAUGGCGACGACGCCGGAGCUGAAGCGGCUGUCGGAGAGCCGGGACCUGACGCGCAUCGAGCGCAUCGGCGCGCACUCGCACAUCCGGGGGCUGGGGCUGGACGCGUCGUUGGAGGCCCGCGCGGUGUCGGAGGGCAUGGUGGGGCAGCUCCCCGCCCGGCGCGCCGCCGGCCUCCUCCUGCGGCUGAUCCGCGAGGGCCGCAUCGCCGGCCGCGCCGUCCUCCUCGCCGGCCAGCCCGGCACCGGCAAGACCGCCGUGGCCAUGGGCCUCGCCAAGUCCCUCGGCCCCGACACCCCCUUCGCCACCCUCUCCGCCUCCGAGCUCUUCUCCCUCGACCUCUCCCGCACCGAGGCCCUCACCCAGGCCUUCCGCCGCUCCGUCGGCGUCCGCAUCAAGGAGGAGGCCGAGGUCAUCGAGGGCGAGGUCGUCGAGAUCGCCAUCGACCGCCCCGCCUCCUCCUCCUCCGCCGCCUCCGCCUCCUCCCCCAACCCCAACGCAAACGCCAACACCAACCCCUCCUCCUCCUCCAACCCCAACCCCCACCCCUCAUCCUCCUCCUCCGCAACCCUACCCCCCUCGGCCGCCUCCAAGACCGGGCGCCUCACCCUCAAGACCACCGACAUGGAGACCGUCUACGAGCUCGGCGGCAAGAUGAUCGAGGCGCUCGCCAGGGAGAAGGUGCAGAGCGGCGACGUCAUCGCCCUCGACAAGGCCUCCGGCAAGGUCACCAAGCUCGGCCGCUCCGUCGGGCGCUCCCGCGACUACGACGCCGUCGGUCCUCACACCAAGUUCGUCCGCUGCCCCGAGGGCGAGCUGCAGAAGAGGAAGGAGGUUGUGCACUGCGUCACCCUCCACGAGAUUGACGUCAUCAACAGCAGAACACAGGGCUUUCUCGCACUCUUCACCGGCGACACUGGCGAGAUCCGAGCAGAAGUGAGGGAGCAGAUCGACAUGAAAGUGGCAGAGUGGCGGGAGGAAGGCAAAGCGGAGAUAAUCCCGGGCGUCCUCUUCAUCGACGAGGUCCACAUGCUCGACAUCGAGUGCUUCUCCUUCCUCAACCGCGCCCUUGAGAAUGAGAUGGCACCAAUCCUUGUCAUCGCCACCAACCGCGGCAUCACGAAGAUCCGCGGCACGAACUACAAGUCCCCCCACGGCAUCCCCCCCGACUUCCUUGACCGUUUGCUAAUAAUAAACACCCAGCCAUACACAGAAGAGGAGAUCAGGCAGAUUCUAGAUAUUAGGUGCGACGAAGAAGAGGUGGAGAUGUCUAAAGACGCCAAGGUAUUGUUGACGAAGAUCGGGGUCGAGACCUCGUUGAGGUACGCGAUCCAUCUCAUCACAGCCGCCGCACUGGCAUGCCAGAAACGCAAGGGUAAGGUGGUAGAGAUGGAGGACAUAAGUCGGGUGUACCAGCUGUUCCUGGAUGUCAAGAGGUCGACGCAGUAUUUGAUGGAGUAUCAGAGCCAGUACAUGUUCAACGAGGUCCCGCAAGAUGGAGACGACGAGGAAGCUAUGCAAUCUUAACGACUCUGAUGGGAAGGGAUCUUCUUGAUGGGAGCUUGUUUUCUUGGGUAUACAAUCAUAACUGGGGUGCUAUUCUCUUGGUAACAUUUUAGCGAUUAGAUCCUAAAAACAAUGUGAUAAAUAUAGCUGUAAUUUAUUUUCUUUUCGACAUUAGGAUUAGGAUUUGUGGGUAAAAUUGUCAGCUGAGUGUGCUCUGUUUUUAUAAUUUUGUACCUCCAAUUCGACUGUCAUGUGGUGUUUGCUGUGAGUAUUCUACACUUGAACUAGCGGUCUCUAUUGUUGAGUUUUAACUUAUUUUAUGCAAUUUGCUCAUGGAUACUCUUCUCUUGGCCUUAA